AUGUUGGGUCACACUUUCGUUGAUGGGUUGGACGAGGUAUCAAAGAUGAAUCUUGACUCAGCAUGUGGCGGUAGUUGCAUGGCAAGACCGUAUAGUGAGAUCCAGAUCCUGCUAAACAAUUUUACUGCUAAUGAUAAUAAUUGGCAAGGAGAUGGGGAACCACGAAGAGCACUUAAACAAAAGGCAGCAGGGGUGAUCGAGCUUGAUGACUUCUCAGCAAUGAGAGCAGAAUUAGCGAGAUUAGCUAAUCAGAUGAAUAAGAUGACAAUGCACCACGCACAACAGAUGCAACAUGUGCAACAGAUGUCUACUUGCUGCGAGUUAUGUGGUGAAGGUCACACAAGUGAAAUAUGUCCCGUGAAUCCUGAAUCAAUCUACUACGUGGGGCAACAAGCUAGAGGGCCGAUGAAUCAACAUGCUCAAUAUGGUAACACAUACAAUCCGAACUGGAGGAAUCAUCCUAACUUCUCUUGGGGUGGAAAUCAGAAUAUCAGGCCUCAAGGGAAUUACAAUCAUCCACCUCAACCCCCACAACAAGCAGAAAAGACUUUGACUGAUAUGAUGAAAAAGCACUUGAUAGAAAAUCAGCAAUUGCGCACACAGUUCAGAAAUCUAGAGAGGCAGUUUGGGCAAAUGGCUAACAAUCAGAAUACUAGACCUGCUGGAGCUCUCCCGAGUGGUACUGAACCUAAUCCUAAGGCUCAAGUCAAUGCGGUUACCUUGAGAAAUGGAAGAGAAUUAGAAGAAGUUCCAGAGAAAAAGAAGUAUACAGCUAGACCUGCAGGAGAAUUAGUUCCUAAGCCCGUUGAGGAGAAUAAGAAAGAAAAGCCAGAAAUUGUGACAAGGCCACCACCUCUGUUUCCACAAAGACUGCAAAAGCAAAAAGAUGAUGCUAUGUACAAGAAAUUCUUAGAUAUUUUGAACCAAGUGCGUGUGAAUUUGCCUUUGGUGGAAAUUUUGUAG